UCCGGCUUGACAAAAACGAAACAAAAUUAUCAGCAUGUGCAUUAAAUUAGACACGGCGACAUCCAAGUGAAUGCGGAGCUGCACUUAACCCAACCCUGACAGGACCAGGAGCAAGAGCCACAAAGAAGUCACAACAACAUGUUUAAAUUAGAAUCCUAUAUCACCCCGAUCUUGCUUAAUUACGUGGCGAAAUAUGUAAAGAAUUUUCGUGACGAAGAUGCUCAGGUUUCGCUGUGGGAGGGCGAGGUGACUUUCCAUAACUUGGAUUUGCGACUAGAUGUGCUCGAGGAGGAGUUGAAUUUGCCGGUAGAGCUAGUGUCCGGACAUAUCCACGAGCUGAGCAUUCAAGUGCCAUGGACAAAAUUGAUGUCCGAGCCGGUAAAAAUUGUGAUAAACACCAUUGAAUUUGUUGCCAAAUUGCCGGAUGAUGCAAGCCGAGAACGCCGCCAGAAUUUCCAGCGGGAGCAGCUCCGGAAAGCUAGGCGAUCCGCAGAAACACCCGAGCCCGCAACAAGUCCAACUGGUGCAGGCGUCGGUGGGUCCAGCGUUGUCAAUAAGAUCAUUAAUAACAUUACACUGCAAUGUCACAAUAUCAUCUUAAAGUACGUGGAAGAUGACAUUGUGGUGUCUAUGAAUGUGCAAUGCCUUACUUUUAGUUCGGCCAAUGACAAAUGGCAGUCAGCCAUGGUAGAUGUCCAUCCAGUGUCUGUGUUUAUUCGCAAAUUAUUGGAGAUUUCCGAUCUAACCAUUUGCUUGGACAAGCGGAAUACAGCCGGCAAGAUUGAGGUGUGCCAGGAACCGGUUCUCUAUCGCUGCACCCUUCAAUGUCGUGUUCUGCGAAAAUAUAAUGCCCACACGGCAAGUACCUCCAGCACGACUAGAAUUGGCGUCUUUACCAAGGCCUUGGAUAUCAAUGUGUCGUCACUACAAUUUCCCAUGGUCAUAAAGCUAAUUAAAAUGCUGUUGGAAUUAAAACCCAACGAGAUGCACGACGACUUGCUCAAUUUGGAUGACCCUGACGAAACAGCCAAUGAUCCGAAUGAUCCGCAGGAUCGAAAUGCCAGGGGCGAGAGUCAGAGCAUGCUAUGGUGGGCAUGGAACCUGCUGCCCAGCUUUGAAAGUCAGACCCCAGCACCCUCGGCUGAUGAGAUAUUGGGUCAUGUUUUUGACUUGGGCAUCUAUGCAGAACAGCUUAACUUUCAGCUUAAAAACUCUGAAUACUUUACCGACCAGGCGAUGGGUGGUAUGAAGAGGAUACGCUACUCUCCCAUCUUGAGGAUUAGUUUGGGCGGCAUAUACUACGAGCGUUCUCAGUUGAAAGAGAACGACUGGACCAACGUGAAGGCGGGACUAUCAAGCAUUUCUAUGGAACCCUUGGGGGCAUAUCGUAGCGAAGAUAUAGUUGACCGCAAAUUAAUCAAUACACAGGAGUUCGUCAGCGAUCGUUCCUUUACCGACAAGAGCCUUUUCGAUCAGCAUUACCUGUUGGCGGACCGUGUCUGGUGCAGCCAUAACUAUGAUGACUAUAUUGCUCGCCACACCGAUGAAUAUAUGCUCUUCCGUAGUCCUGUGCUGGCUUUCGACGUUGUGGAGUACCGCGCCCCAAUAGCAUGUAACAAGACGCAAGCCAGCGAUCAUCAAUCGAAGGAUAUGGGUUUAAGGGUCCAAUACCGCCUGCUGUCCUCUGGAAUCACAUUCCAUUUCUCGCAGUCGUUUCUACAGGUUAAAAAUGUAAUUAGCGAUUUAUUGCGUCCUUACGAUUAUCCGGGAUAUCACUCAGACUCCAAAAUAAUUAGCCCAGAAGAGCAAAGGUUGGAACGCGAUCGUAUAUCAGCUGACCCGAAUGCCACAUUGACCUUUGCAGACUUCGAAUACCUGAUCGGAAUCGUGCCUACGUGUACCUUUAAAAUUGAGCUGCGCAACAUGAUUAUUCAGUUUUAUCCCCGGCAGCAGCAUCACCAUCAGCAGAUGGAGAGCUCGUCCCCAUCCGCAACUGGACACCAUUAUUUGUCUACUACGGUUAAGCAGUCGUUGCUUCCAUAUUUGCAGCUAAAACUUCCUUUGGCAGAGGGCACACUCUGUGGACCGGCCAAUCCCAAACGGCUAGUGCAACUUAUCACCCAAUUAAAGGACAAGCCACGCGAAGUUAUCGAUAGCUGCUAUAGUAGCUAUAAAUUCAAUGUGAAAAAUCUUCAAUUGAUGGCACUCAACACCACGCCGGAAAUGGGCAAGGCUAAGUUACUCAACAUCCCACGCAUGCAGAUCUCUUUCAACCGACUCCUCUUACCACACCUUUGGCGUCCCAAUGAUGCUGCUUUGGACACUGCUGAGAUACAGGCUGAGAUUGUCAGUUUAGAGUUUUCCAAGCGCGAAUUGAUUCUGGUAUCACGUAUGAUACCGCUAAUGCUCGAUUACAACUCAGCUAAUCUUUGUGGAUUGGCCCAUCUAGUGGCCCAGGCUAGUGCAUCCUCCGAUGUGAUCAAAUUGCAAACAUUAGCCACGAAGUUUCGUCUAAACUAUCGAAAAUAUCACUCCCAUUUGGCAUUGUUGAUAUCGUUGCGUAGUCUUAACACAGAUGCCUAUCACACCAUGAUGAAUAUCCGUAAUGUGGUUAUAUCCACAAACAAGGGCUUACAAAACAAGUUUUUGGAAAUGCAAUUGCAAUAUCCACUGUUGGAACACAAGUCUGACCCCAAUACGCCAGUCACUGUUGUCUGUAUAUGGAUGGAACCCAUUCGUGUCACGAUGGACAUGUAUCUGCUACAAUUCCUGAAUUUUCUCGAGCACAGUGAGCAAAACAAUUCAAUAGAAAAUGAUUUAGAGCCGGAGCAGGAAACCCUCAGCCAAUCUGGAAUAUCCACAUUUUCCAUGGCAUCGCCGAGUGCCUUGCCAUUAAGCGACUACCAGCAAAGGCGUACAAGUCGGAAUCUGAGUCGCAAGAUUUCCGUCCCAGAGGAAACAGUUCACCUUAGUUCCGAACGAGAUGAGAAGCAUACACAAGCGGAACCAGUGAUUAGCCAAUUGAAUGAAGAAUGUGCAUCUACCACGAGUGGUUUUAAUGUGGCUCAGUUGAUUAAUCAACUUAGAUCGAUGGUGAUACUUGUCGAGAUUGCCCAGGCUAAAAUAGAUGUAUGUGAGGUAAUGUUGCGCAAGUCUUCAGCCACCGGUGGGGCAGUUGAAUACACUUCGAUACGUUUACCACGUGUCAAGAUCAAAUCCAGUAAUUGUGAAGUUAUUUCGCGUGGCAACAUUAUGACAACGAUUCAAAUGUCUGCCAGAGAGAACACCAACUGGGUGAUUGAGCUAAACGAUUUAAAUGUGUGCUACCGUCAAGGAGAUGUUACUGAAGUUGUUGUAGCACCAAUAAAAACUACCAUCACAGUGGCACUAUCCCAUAAGCUGGAUGAUCUGAAAUCUGUUGACUCAGAACAAUCAUUGACUCAGGAGCAGACACCUUCAAACACUGAUGAAUUUAGUGUAGACUCAGAUAAUUUCGACAAGACACCUUUGGACAAAGAAGUUAAAAAGAAGGUGGAUUGGCAUAAAAAAGCAGACGGGCAGGAAAAUGAUUUAAAAAAUCGUGGGUCGUGUUCUAUCAAUGUUCAUGUCGAUAUGUCUGCCAUUAAUAUAUAUGCCCAAAAAAUUAAACUCCUGCACGAGCAUUAUCAGAUUUUUAAUGAGAUCUAUAGAACUUUGCGUGUUCAUGAGGAUAUCAAUCCAGUAGCUGAUAAUGAAGCAACUAUGCCACGUAAACCAAAGCUGGAAGUCUACACGGGUAGCGCUCAAAAUUAUCCCGUUAUUAAGGAAUUUCUGACCUUAGAUCCCAACUACGAGCCACCAGCAAAGCAAAAUGUUGCCAAAAACCAAAUGACGCUAAUCUUAUUUUGCCAGUGGACAAUUCCACGAAUAAGCUUGGAAAUGGAAUCCAUUGCUGUACACAAAAAACGAAAGAUUGUCAUAAUUUUUGAGGAUCUUCUGCUUAAUGUUGAUAAGCAUACGGAUUUCACCAAAAUCACUUCGAAAGUGGAGAAUUUGGGGCUAGACUACUACGAGGACGAUUGGGAAAAGAAAGAUGGCUUUCAUAUUAAAAUGUUGGGUGAUAACAGCAAUUUACCAUUGAUUAGUACGGUGAUCACAAUGGUUAGCCUGCAAGAUCUAUACUCCAAGAUUGGUGCAAGGAAUCACUGUAACAAAGAACACACCAUAUCCGAGGUUCUUAUCGAUGUUCAACCUAUUGAAAUGGUGUUAGAUUUGGAUCAGAUAACUGAGUUUAUCAUUCCGCUAUGCGAGGUGUUCGAGAUCAUAAGAAGUACUAAUAAUGAUCAGUCUGUAGACACACACCAAGUUCUGGAAAACAGCAUCACAACAGUUCAGGAUUUGCCAAUGGUGCAUUUGAAUUGCAAAGGCAUCUAUGUCUAUAUACCAAUGGAGACUGGCAAAAAGUGUUGCAGUGUUCUCAUAUUGCGUGUUGAGAGCGUGAAACUAACGCCCAGUCCUCUGGAAAAUCCGCUAGUACGUCAACUUAUACGUCAGGAUAUAUACCAUAAGGCUGCCGAGUUGAAUAUGUUGAACACCCCAGGAGCUUUGGUCGAGGAUCGUCAAUAUGAGCUAAGUGUGAAAAACAUUUCUCUGUCGAGUGGCAAUUGGCUGCAGACACAAAAAUAUUAUCAGGAGGAAAAGCGUGCUAGUGAGCAUAGUAAUCCAGCCUUUGAGUGGAAUAAUCAGCAGCAAUCCAAAGAGUUACAACAUACGAGCAUAUUCAAGGAUUUCGAUUUCAUUAUGAUCUAUGCUCCUGCUGUUAGCUACGAUCGUUUUUUGGUCUGCGGCCAAAAUAUCGAAUACAAUUGUGUUACAGACUUUGUAGCCACGCUUACCACUCACCAGAUCAACCUUAUGUCCUGCAUUAUUGUGCGUAUCCAGCGGCUACAGAGUAUUUUUGAACAGGUUUGCAUUAGGGAAAGCUCUUUGGCCAGGAGUCCGGGAGCAAAUGCAAUCAGAAGGAAAGACAGUGAAGCUAACUCAUUUUCGGUACGACUGUCAGACUUCAGUUUAUUACAAUACCAGCCAGGAACCAAGAACCACCAGGUUAACCAGGAACUGCCAAGAUUACCGAAAAAUAGUAAACGAAAUGGCAGCAAAGAAACUGUACUGGGGUCAUGCUUUAGUGAUUCUGGUAUUCAAAUGGCUCCCGGAAAGGCCCCCAUUGCAUCAUCACAUCAGAAGCUAAUUGAAAUAGAUCCCAAAUUCGAUCGUCACAAUCAUAGUUAUAGCUUCACCUAUCCCAAAAGUGUGUCAUUCGUCGCUGGUAGUUUUGUACUAAAGAUCUACGAUGUCUUGGAAAUAGACGAUAUUGAAAAGCCAGUAAUGAAUCCGCUUCUUCUAUUGACUGUAUCACAGCCAAGCUUCAUGUCUACACAAAAUUUAAGAUCAGCCAUCACUCAGGCAUCCAUAUUUGACUUUAAUAUUAGUGUAGGCAAUGCUGGCGUCGAAAAUGUGAGCGACACGGUAAAAGAUCAGUUCAGUGAUGCCAUUUUCGAGACUCUACCCGGCAUGCUAAACAGCUCGAAAAUUCCACCACCUCUAUUAACAAUAAAAACUCACAUAGACCGAUCCCAUCAGAAGGAAAUAGAUGUUGAGCUGGGUAAACCAAUAAUAUUCCGUUUUUGCGAGAGCAAAAUUAAGCAACUGGCCUGCGAUGUCAUUAAAAUCUAUACUGUUCUUCACGAGAGUCCCUGUUUCGCGGUGCGCAGCGAGCGUCCUGUUGUAUCCCAACCAUCGAAGCUGAGUCAACUAAAAUUGCAGUGCUAUAAUGCCGAUCGCCUGCAUUUAUCGUUUGAUGGGAUCACGGUAAAGUUUUACGACGAAGAUCUUAGUUACAAAUGCAGCGUUGUUUGCCUGGACUUUAGUUCACGCAUCAAGUUUAACGCUCGUCCACAAAAAGCUAGCAUUCGAUCUACUCUGGGAGCGUUUUAUAUCAAAUCGGGUGACAAGAUCAUGUUGCAUCCCUUGUUAAUGCGUUUGUCUGCUGAUCUGCUAAGCGAACCAUGGUGCGAUCAACUUCUUAUCACCGCCACACUUAAGCUUAACUUACUGCACAUUGAUGCCAGCAUUCUAAACAUUCUACAGUUGCGAAAGGUCCAAGGCGGACUUCAGCAUAUCAUGGAGUUUAUCAAUACGGAAUGGCAGCAAUUUCUUCGACACCGUCCAGUACUCGGGGAACCAAUAGAGUUGGCACCCGAAACCUUAUUGCGUUUCACACCAUCCCAGGAUUCAGUGCAUCGUUCCCGAAAUCAUCGAAAAAACAAUGCUGAAUUUUAUCAGGAUGAUCUUCGUGCUGGAGCUUUUCAGUUUGUCCAUCUAAAUAGCGAGUCUGUUCUGCCAAUGCCAUACCAAGUUCAGAUUAUAAAGAAGAAUUAUGGCAUCAUAUGUUGGCGUUAUCCUCAACCAAGGCAAAUGACCAAAAUACAUAUCUAUCCAGUGCCCAUGCCAGUCAGCAAUCCUGUUCACAUCAGCUGCCGCAUGGAGUAUUUCAGUGAAACGCACGAGACUUUUCUGCACUACUGUGACUUUGAGUUAUCGGAAACAACCACAAAGCAGUUAGAUCCGCCGCCGGAGCAUCAAAUCUGUGCCAAUAUUUGGCGAGUAGUCAUAAUGCAAUCCCUGAUUUCUGUAGAUGGCACGUGCUUCGAAGGAGAUGAAGAUGAAGACAUCCCAUUUUCGAUUGAUAGCAGUCGCAUGGACUUUGGGAGCGAUAAUGGUAACGACUUCAUUUUGCAUCCAAGAGUUCUUGUUGGUUGUUUGCGUAUUGACACCACUUUUCGUGAGGAAGCGGUGCCCAAGCUGCAAUUGCUCCUUUGUUGUCAGGAUAUUCAGGUUAAUUUCCUUAAUCAACCCGAUGCACACAAUGAGUUGCCACCGCUUCUCCAGAAUUAUAAUCUUAAGCGGACGACUGAGAUUGGGCAGACUUUUCUCACAGUGCAUUUUGAAGAUUUGCAAUUCCAUUCCACCAUCUUGAGCCGCAAUGAAUUUACCAUGGAGACAAACUUCCGCAGUCGAAUAAAGUGUCUGGACUACGGAUUUCUCAAUAUGAUAGAUAUUGUGGAACCGAUGAAGUUCCAGAGCUAUGCAAGAUUCAACAAUCGGGAACGCAUGGUUCAGGCCAACUUUUUGAUUGAUAAACUCCGAAUUAAUUGCGGCCCAUGUGUAAUUCAUACACUACUCAGCUCAAAACAGCAUUGGGAGGAGUUGUUACAGCAGCGUGAUAAAUUACAUACAUUAAUGCCCAAGUGUGUGAUAGUCAAUAGGAUGCAGGCCUAUUUCACAUUUGGCCAGACGGGAACAAGCGAACGCAUUACGGUUGCACCGCAAGAACUGCAACUGUAUCAUUUCCGUAGCGACUACCUUAAUCAGGAAUUGACGUUCUUUAUAAGGAAUCCCUUGACAGAGCAGAUGGAGACAAGUGACUCAGUGCAUAUACCACUAAAGCUCGAUGAUGACCACAAUGUACAACAUUUGCGUGUGGGUGAGCGUUGUAUUACCAUUAAAGUGGGAAAAUUGUCAGCGACUCAGGUGUAUAUAUUGGUUAAGGGUCAGAUUGAGCUACUUAGCAUGUUGCCAUAUGAACUUCUAACCGAGUUUAGGCAAGAGGGCAAACAAUACAAUGACAACAGUCCCUUGGAGCAUUUACUUGAAGCUAAAGGGCGUGCAUCUUUCUACCAGGCGGUGGUUCGCUCUGCGGAUGUCAACAUGAGAAUACGUUUGGGCCCAGGCCGUGGAAAGGGACGUACUGGCGAUAUUCCACUAAAGCCUAACAAUAAUCUACCCUGGCUGGUGAAAGUACCCACACAAUCCACACAGCAAUUCAUCAGCGUGUGGGUGCGGGUUCUAAGAGAAGAUAUCGCUCUCGAUUCGAUGACGGAUGAUUUUCAACCACAGAGAAUUUAUAUCACAAUUUGGCCGAUCUUUGAGAUUUGCAAUAUGCUAAGCUGCCAGUUGAAGGCUGUUGAAUACAGCACCGAAGAAGAGUUCGAACUGAAUGGUCAAGGUGCACGACAAGCUCUAAGCACAGCCACCACUCAUACCACUGAGCAUCGUGUGAACUUUCAAUUUUCAGCUCCAUUAAGUUCCACUUCCCAAGCUGAAUAUACAUUUAUGCUAAAGAACAUGGACUGGCAUAAAUUCUUCUACUUUGAUCCUGCUCAUUGGACAAUUGAGGAAGCUAUUCAAAAGUUAGGCAAGCCAUUGAAGCCAAAGUGGCCAUUAAAUGAUCAUGAAGAGAUACGCAUAAAUCGCCAUAUGGAAUUUCUUAAUGAAUUCGAUGUUCAAUAUUUUACACAAGCCACAAGGGAAUUCUCUUGCACUUUGGGUUUGGAUAUACGCCCUUGGGGAACCUUUAUCAAUGCCACUGGUCUGGAUAUAAGUAUUUAUGUGCCAAAGAAAAGGGCACGUCAUCAUCUCAGGGCCAAUUGCCUGGAAAUGGUGCCCACAUUAAGCGAUCUCUUUACCAUCGAUGUACCAUACAGCACAAGUUGGACUCAGUCGACAGCCAUUUGUCUGGAAGAGCUGGUCCAAUCAGUCGGUACUAGCAACAGCAAUUCGGGACGUUAUGUGGUUCUGCGUCCUAAUGCUUACGUAGAUAUUGUUAUUGUGCGCAACGAGGAGAUUUUCCGUAUGCUGCUUGAGUACAAGCUGGAGAAUGGUCAGCGAAUCUUCAAGUUGCGUUCGAAAUUUGUGUGCACCAAUUUUACAGACAUAAAACUGCACGCUCUACCCCUGGCAAUGGACCACAAAGAAAAUUCUUCCAGGGAAGAGAUUAACUCUCUAGAUUCGGCUUUGCGAAAUCGAAAUCUGAUUUCUGUGGACAAAACCCAGAAUUGUAUUGGCAAUAACAUGGACAUAUUUUACGAUUUGAAUGCCCGAAAAGUGAAACAUACCAGCGAAACGGCAUUUGUCUAUUUCGUGUGCUUCUCUGUGAGCGGUUGUUGGGAUGUAUCCAUACCAAUUUCAUUGGCGAUGCCUAUUACCCGUCGUUGCUUCAGUUUGCAGUCAGGUUCCGAAUCAAUUCCACUGAUGAUCACAUUGAUUGAAAAGGACAAUGUGUACUAUUUAAAUGUAUAUCAGGACACAGCGCCAGCCAUAAUACUUACAAAUAAUACCAAUAUAAAGUUCAUUGUGGCCCAGACUAGUGCCUCUGGAAACAGCAAUGUCACCUGUACAACUUCCGAGAAUGUGGGCAAGCAUUUUGAAUGGAAUCAAUUGGUGGCGCCGCAUAGUAAAUGCUAUUAUACCCCGCCGCAGAUGUAUGCCAACUUUCCGGAUGUGGAGUUCACCAUGUGUAAUCUAUCAUUGGCUGUGUUUUAUUCUCCGUCGUGUGAUAAGAAAAAGAUUGGCUGGUCCAAACCAAUUAGGACAGAUAAGUCCUGGACAAAGUUGCUACAUGUACCAAAUCAUGGUGAUGUAAAGGUAGUUGUCUGUGAUAAACAUCGCGUAAUACGCGUCAACAUUUACUACAUUGCCCAGCAAUUGGAGUUCUCGGUAAAAGAUCUACGUUCACGUCUGAAGAUGCCAGAGAAACUUAAUGAUGUGAACGAUCUACUGGAAUCGAAUCGAGAUUCAACCGUCGAUCCGCCAGUUGUCGAGUCGGAAGCAUCCGAUGUAAUAUGUGCUCAUUUUAGCCAAGAGUGCGAGACAAAACGCCAGAUGAAGAUUCGAGUGUUUGUCAAGCGUUUUGUGUUUAGCCUGCAGACAGACUCGCGUGAUAAAGAUUACCUAAAGACGGAAGUAUGCAAUGUCUAUGCUGAUGAUACCAUGUUGGCCUUUGAUGAUGACGAUGAUCAGCGAAUUCUAAGAUUACAAUUGCCUAAUUUGCAAGUGGAUAAUCAGUUAUUUUCUAGUGGAAAAUACGAUUUCCCUGUAUUGCUUUGUGCUGACCAAUUGUACAGACGCUUCUCUGGAUUGCCACAAGUGUUUUACUUAGAUUCUGUUUACCAGCAACAACAGGACCAGAGUGAAGCCGUAUCUUGGCUUUCGUUUGUCUUCUAUGAAGACGAAUUUCAACUUCAGGCGGUACGUUGCAAGUUUCAACCGUUUCGCGUCUAUAUAGAAGAUGCUUAUCUGAAUCAACUGCUGGAAACCCUGGUCGAAUGUGAACCCUCCAAUUGUGUGUAUACUCCUUGCGUACAGGAGGAACGCAUUGUGCUAGCUAAGGGGCAGACUCUACUACCCGAGGAGGUGAUUGGACAGGGCUUAUGUAUAGCCGAACCACUGCUUCUAAACAGCUUCACUGUGGAGCCGUUGAGCUUACUUCUAUCCGUCCAUACUUCGUCAAGACUUUACAUUGCCUUGGAUCAUUCGCCGCUCUCUUUCUCCCGCUAUGAGCGCCAACAGAUUCUAACAGUGCCCUUACGUUUUGGACAAUCGUUGGGCCUUCAUUAUUUAAGUGGAGCUAUCUUUGGCGCUGGCUGGGUGGUUGGCUCCCUAGAAAUUCUUGGAAGUCCCAGUGGCCUGGCACGUUCUUUUAGCACGGGAUUACGUGAUUUCAUUUCCAUGCCCGUUCAAGGGCUAUUUCGGGGCCCGUGGGGUUUCUUGGUGGGCGUAACUCAAGGUUCUGCCUCUCUGCUUCGCAAUGUAACGGCUGGCACUGUCAAUUCAGUGACCAAAUUAGCUGGAUCUGUUGCUAGAAAUCUUGAUCGUCUCACUCUGGAUGCCGAGCAUAUUGAAUUAACAGAGGCAAGACGACGAGCACGCCCCCAGGGAUUUGCUGAUGGCCUUACGCAAGGCUUGACAGGACUUGGUAUUAGUCUUCUUGGUGCUGUCGGAGGAUUGGCGCAUCACACAUUAGAAGCUCGCAGCUCUGUUGGAGUCAUUGCGGGUCUUACCAAAGGCAUUGUUGGAGCAUUUACCAAGCCCAUUAGUGGCGCAGCCGAAAUGCUUGCUCUGACUGGUCAGGGUGUCCUCCAUACGGUCGGCUUCAAUGCAAUGCCACAGCAGGUUGAGCCCAGCGUUACCAGGAAUGUGGCAUUGCAUGCCGGAUCCUAUCGCGUUUGGCGUUAUCUACCCGAAGAACUUAGUCACGAUCAGAUAUUGUUUUUCUAUGAGAUCACACUUUUGGUCAAUGGACAUCUGCGUCCGGCUCUUAUCUUCCUUACGUCGUCAAUUUUGGCCAUUAUGGAACAAAACAACGAUGACUUAGCUUUUGCCUCGUCGGUGCUUAAAGUGGAAUUGGUGGCAGACCGAGAAGAUCCUACCAAAUUAUAUCUGAGUCUUAAACCAGAGCCGACUGAUGAUUUGGAGGGGCAACUCAACUACACCAAUGAGCGCAUUAUGAAGUUCCUUAAUUCAUCAACCGUUUAUAGCAUGACCCACGAUUCACUCAGCGAUCUUCUUCAAUUGCAGAAUGAUGUUCCCGAUGAGCGCAUUCAACGACAGACGCAGUGCAUCUUCUAUAUCAAGCCAAAUAUUGGAGAACAUCUGAUCCAUUAUCUGAAACUUAUAAGCCGUAUGCAGUCUUGACAUAUCUGGAGUAGGUGCUAGAUAAUAACAUAUCCAUUCCAGCGGUGUCUCCGUGUCCUUAUUGUUAAUCACAAGUAUUUCUUUUUUUUUUUGUUUUGUAAAUCUUGUAUAUACACAUAUUUAAGCCAAAAACCAAAAAUAACAAAAGACGGAAGCCAAUUUUUGUUACCCAUUUUGCAAUAAAGAAAAGACAGAAAAUAAAAAAAGGAACUUAAAAGAUAAA